AAUUCCUUUGUGCCUAUAGAAGUAAUGGAACCGCAAGUUGAUAUCAUGUGGAAUGCGCCUGACCAGGACCUGGCUCUGUGCCAGACCACGGACUCAUUCGCCUCUCAUCCGGCCCCACAUCAGAGUAGAAGCUUCAUUCAAGGUCCUAUAGACUGUUGACAUCUAGUGGAAGCUGUAGGAAGUGCAAACAGAUCCAUAUCCCACUGGGAUUUCAAUAGGCGAUGAGUUGAACCUCAGAUAUCGACCAACCUCCGAUAUCCCGCUUCCUGGUUGGAUUUCUCUCAGGACAUCCCCACCUGGCCCCAUUUAGUGUUUCCCCUUUCUACACGUGCUGACCAACCAUGAGUAUUAUCCAAGACAAGCUAGGCAACGAGUUUCUGCGAGGCAAUGGGGGCAUGGACCCAAACUUUGCCCCCGGCAUGCUCAUGUUCAGCCACCUGCCGCCUGUCACCAGCUUCACCCGCCUGGCCUCGCAGUCGGUCAUGGGGGGCGACCUGCCACAGGAGAUGAUCCUGAAGAAGGAGCGCGACUCGCCACCCAACGCCCACGGCUUCCUCCACGGCAUGGGCAUUAAGCAAGAGCGGAUGAGCGAGCUGGACUACCGCAUGCCCCUUUAUAGCGGAGCUGGCGGGGGAGGAGGAGGGCUGGGUGGCAGCUGUGGCGGAGGGGGUGUGGGGAAGGGCAACGAGAUGCUGGAGAUGCAGUUUGGUGGAGGCCACCACCACAACCAUCAGAACAUGCUUCUGCACGACCUCAGCCUCGGCAAUGUCCGAAUGGGAGAGCCGAUGUCUGGAAGACCAGAGAAAGGGCCGAAAGAGACGUCGGGAAGAAGACGGAAGAGCAACAGUGAUGGGGAGGGGAAAGCCAGAAGAAAACGUGGAGAACCCAAGGCCAUGAUGUUGGACGGCGAGGGGACCGGCCUCUCUCCCAACUCCAAACCGCACAUCUGCGAGCACUGCAACGCUGCCUUCCGCAGCUCCUACCACCUCCGCAGACAUGUGCUCAUCCACACAGAUCGCACAGGUGAGAGGCCUUUCCGGUGCAGUCAGUGUAACAUGAGCUUUAUCCAGAAGUACCUGCUGCAGCGGCACGAAAAGAUCCACAGUGGAGAGAAGCCCUUCAGCUGUGACCAGUGUAACAUGUGCUUCAUCCAGAAGUACCACAUGGAGCGACACAAGAGGACCCACAGCGGAGAGAAGCCAUACAGAUGUGACACCUGCCAACAGUUUUUCUCGAGGACAGACCGGUUACUGAAGCACAAGCGGACCUGCGGAGAAGCCAUAAAGAAGGGCCCGGACCCCAGCAUGUUGGAGCUUGCCCACGGGGACAUGGGCCAGGGCAACUACUCACUCACUCAGGGAAACGCUACCGCCACCUCUGCAUGCAAGAGGGGCAAGUCCAAAAACGCAGGCGAGGGCGGUGAUCGUAAGCGUAAGAAGGCUGCUGCCACCACCGUGUCGUCCGGGGGCCUGCAGGACUACGGAAUGGAGUGUUCCGACCCCAGCCUGCAGGGCCGCACACCCAAGCUGGUGUUCAAGAAGGCUAAGAAGGGCCUCGUCCCCAUGGAGGACGGGGGGCAGAAGCUGCUGUCUCAGAAGCAGGGCUCCAUGGAGCUGGCGGGGGGCUCAGGGCUAGAUGCCAUGGUCCUCCUCCAGGGCUCCUCCAGCGGAGGGGCAAAACGAGGCCCAUCAGCCACAAGCAACUACGAUGACGCCAUGCAGUUUGUGAAGAAGCGGCGCUACCUCCAACACGUGGCCAGCAACGACUAUGCGGCGCCCUCCCUCCACAUGGGCCAGACCCAUGCCAGCAGCGUGAUCCAAGGCUCGCUGGGACACCAUAACGAGCCCACCCUCACCAUGCUGGACACUUCGCCCCUGGACCUCAAGCACCACGACAAGUCGGUCAUCCCGGACGAAGUGCUCCAGAGCCUGCUGGACCACUACAGCCACAAGUCGGAUGGCACGCACCACCACCACCACGACGUGACCUUUGACCUCUCGGACCACAGCGUCCCACACCACGUGACCCUGCAGCCAGCGGCCCCUGUCACCCCAGAGCUGGACGACGACUCGCCCAGCGGCGGCGACAAGCAGGUGGUCAUGAGUGAGUACUCCAAGUUCCUUCUGCAGGCCCUGGAGCGCACCAGCCACAGCGGGCCCUUCUCCACGCUGGGACCCAGCGGGCCCUUCCCUUUGCUCUCCAGCCCUACGGGGCCCCUCUUCUCCGAUAAGCAUGUCUACACUACGUCUCCGCUGGAGUGCGGCUAUCCGCCCGCCGACUCCUCGCCACUGCCCAUCCCCUCCAUCUCUUCUUCUUCCUCCUCCUUGUCUUCCUCUAAGUCCCACUACAGCAUGGUGGUGGGCUCCCCCUCCCAGCCGGCCUUCCACCUCAGUGGCCUGGAGGCGGCUGGCCACCAGCAGCUCAUCCCCUCUCAGGAGCUCACAGAGCAGCUGGAGAAGCAGCACCACUCCCCUGCGUUCCAGCUCACGCCCCAGGAGCUGACGGCCACCGGUGGAGCCCCCAAGGAGCAGGGGGCCAAGGGCAACGGGAGAAAUGGCAGCUACUCCGACCUGGACACGCCCAAGGAAAUGGACCUGCGGGCUACCUACCAGAUCGAGAACUUCGCCCAGGCCUUUGGUUCCCAAUUUAAGUCGGGCCGCCGCACCCCGCUGGGCUACGGCACUGGGGCCGAGGUCGACCACCGAAUACGAACUCCCGUGUCAGAAUUCUCAGGGUAUACCAGUUUGUUAGCUGACGUCAGCGAGCCAGUAAGUACAGGAUCGAAAACCCCAACAAGCCAAAGUUUCAGGUAAGGGUUAAAAUGAGGUGAACCUAGUUGCGGGUCUUGCGUUUUUCUUUGUGUCCCUAUACCCUUCUACAUUUUGUUCUUGUAGCGAGGUCAAUUUAUUUUUUAAACACUGCCAUUAAAUGUUGAUAAUGAGAACUCUACCAGGGGAAGGUCUUCAAGGCCUCAAAUGCAAUUUUUUAUAUUCAUUUUUUUUUUUUUAAUCUGUAUUUUGUCUUUAUUUUGUUAGCGUAGUUGGUAUGAUAUGAACGUAAACGUAGAUUUUAAUGUAAUUUAAACUGAAAAAUUAGGGUUUAGCUAAGCUUGAUGAUUUUUCUUUGAACUCUUGUUUUACCAAUCAUCAUACAGUUGUAAAGUAAUGAUGAAUGAUGUUAAUAAUUUCAAUAAUAUUACGUUUGUGGCAGGGAAAGGCCCAGAAUUCAAAUGGCAAAAAAAGUUCUAUAUUGUCUGUUACUAGAAUCGUAUUACUCAGGUAUUAAGGCAAAAUUGUGUAAUAAUAAUAAAAACUUUGUAUUAUGAGAUGCAAUUAGCACACUUUUUUAAGUGUGCUUUGAGACUACAAAGCUUUGUUACUAUUUAUCCCUCGAGGAGCAGGGGAACAAAAAGACAAAACAAAUUCAGCGGAUCUUCCUGUUCAGUUUUCUUCGCCAUUGAACAACACUUUCCUCUACGUGUAGCUGUGUAGAGAUUACGGUACUUCUGUGUCAAUGUGAAAAUGACCGUUCCCAUUUCCUCCCCGUAAAGGGCCACAUGUAAAACACACGCCGUCGCGGAUAUUUAUACACUCAAGAACUCGUAGUGCACACAGUCCAGGCUCAAUGGAAAGAGGUUUCAAUCCGCAAAACUUUUUUGUUUAUAAACAGUGUCAAGUGAUGUUUGUCUAGGCCAUGCACCUUUUGGAUGGCCCCUUCAGUGGCCCGUGACAAGGAAAUGUGCUGGCCCCGUUGGCGACGUUUCAACAACUGUUGUCACUCAUUUUUACUGGGUUCCACUCCACUCCUGGCUGUUAACUUCUUCUUCUUUUUUUGUCAGUGGAAAUCAAACAAGCACUUUGAAAAACAAAAUUGUCAUUGAAAACUGAAAACAUCCCAACUCAAUUAAGGAUGUGCAAAACCAAGUGAUUAUUAUUUUUUAUUUUAUUAGAGGAGAGAACUGUGAACGGGGGUGGGUGGGAUAGGGUGGUUUGUUCUGUAGGGAGGGUUAGACUGGGAUUGAAUAGAUGUAUUUUGGUUUGUGUUUUUUUGACGGUUUGGUCAAGGGGAAGGGUUGUACAAAUGAUUUGCUAUUACUGUAUGUAACCCAAUGUUCUGAGAAGAUCUCUGUAUUGAUACCGAACAAAAAUAUAAACAACAUGCAACAAUUUCAAAGAUGUGACUGAGUUACAGUUCAUAUAAGGAAAUAAGUCAAUUGAAAUGUAUUCAUUAGGCCCACCUACUGGGGAACCAGGCCCUGUCAAUCAGAAUGAGUUUUUUUCCCCCAACGAAGGGCUUUAUUAGUUUUGGUUCCCGAGUGGCGCAGUGGAUCAGUGGCACAUUGCAUCUCAGUGCAAGAGGUGUCACUGCAGUACCUGGUGAUUGGGAGUCUCAUAGGGCGGCGCACAAUUGGCCCAGCGUCAUCCAGGGUAGGCCGUCAUUUUAAAUAAGAAUUUGUUCUUAACUGACUUGCCUAGUUAAAGGUUAAAUAAAUAAUAUUACAUUACAUACCAAAAUACUGCUCAGCGCAAAUUAAAGAAUUAAGCUUUUUGUGUGUAUGGAACAUUUCUGGGGUUUAUUAUUUCAGGUCAUGAAACGUGGGACCAACACGUUACAUGUUGCGUUUUAUAUUUUUGUUCGGUGUAAGUUGUUUCGAGAGGGGGCAGAUAAUAUGCUGCAACACUUCCCACUGAUGUACUAAGACUCUACUGGAUGCAAAAAUCUAACUAUUUUCCCUUUAUUUAUUUGUAACCUAGCAAGAGUUUUUAUUUUUGCAGGGCGUUUUUGAAGUGCAAGUGCUAACUGUACAUCAAUCUGUCUGUACCUUAUGAAAUCAGGCCCGAUACAUAAAAAUUACCUCACUCAUACAGGCUCAACGUUAUGGUGUAUGUGUAUAUAUAUAUAUAUCCCCCAAAAAGGCAGUCCUUCAAACUUUGCAAGAAUAAACAAUGGCCUUUGUCUUCCGCAGCUCAAGCCAUUCUCCUGGCAGUCAGGGUUGAUAUUUAGUUAAUUUCCUGUGUGCCCCCCUCCCCACCCCCACCACAGCUGAUAGACUUUUAAAGCUGCUCAGAUCACAGGGAACAAAAGAAUGACUGACUGGCCACUUAUCUCCAAAACACACACUAUGCUUUCAAAGAAAAGAGGGAGAGCGAGAGACUGAUGAGGAAAUAAAAAAUAGGAUUGACCUAAAUAUACAGUGGGGUCCAAAAUUGACAACCUUGAUAAAGAUCAAUAAAAGUGACUGUAAAAUACUGAGCUAUAUUGUAUUCUCAAACAAAUGGGGGAAAUAUAUUAGAUUAUGCUUCAGUGCCAUUAUCCUCUGAAGGUGAGGUAAUUGAAAACAGAGGUAUCAAUAAUUUUGAUCCCCACCUUCGUUCUCUGAGCAAUUGUAUUAGUAUUCAAUAUGGUAUUUUCCCCAGCAUGCAAUAUAGCUCAGUAUUGGAAUUAUUUUAUACAGCAAUUUUUGCUCAUUUUUGUCAAGUGUGUCUUUCAGAGAUCAAUGUACCUCAUAUCACUGAAGCGUCAGAAAACAGGGACACGCUUCAUGUAUGUAGUGGAAAUACUUGUAGUAUAGGUUAAACAUUUGUAUAAUCAUGUAACAAUGCCUGUGUUUACAAUUAUAGAAGAGCAAUUGACUCGUUGAAUUGCAAAAUGUAUUUGUUUUGUCUAAAGCCUUCACGCCAAGCAGUGUUGCAUUCUAGAUGCCUCAUAGAAACUUUAAUUUCUCAUGUUAUAUCCCUUAUUUUUGUUACUCGCCAUAAAUGUGUUGAUAUGAUCUCUAGAAGGAUAUUGUUUACAAAAAUGUACAAAAACACUAAAAAUGUAUGUUAAUUUUUUUUUUUUUGUUUCUACCGAUAUGCAUGAUAUGUUUUUAUGGCUUUUUUUCUUAUCGUCACCACAACACCAAAUUUUGUAGCAGAUGCCUCCCCAUCCCUGGCUCUUUUUUUUUUUCAAGACCCUUGUGAUAUGAUUUCCAGGGCUGUACCUGUUAUUGAAUUUAUAAAACGAUUUAGAGAAGCCAAUAAAAACAUUUUUUGGUAAUAAAAAAAAUGCCUGUGCA